AUGCCGGCCAGUGGGAAGCACCAUCCUGGGGGGCAGGUGGACACGACCGCCGUGUGCCCCUCUCGCCCGCCCUGCCCUUGGCUGUUCCUGCUGGUAGAUGUCUCUCUGCUGCUGUCUCUCACACGCAUGCGACAGAGCCAGCCUGUGAUGGAUCUUGGACGCGAUGCCACCCGUCGCUUCUUCAACUGGUUCUACUGGAGCAUCAAUUUGGGGGCUGUGCUGUCACUGCUGGUGGUGGCUUUUAUCCAGCAGAACAUCAGCUUCCUGCUGGGCUACAGCAUCCCCGUGGGCUGCGUGGGGCUGGCGUUCUUCAUCUUCCUCUUUGCCACCCCCGUCUUCAUCACCAAGCCUCCCACGGGCAGCCAAGUGUCCGCUAUGCUUAAGCUUGCUUUUCGAAACUGCUGCCCCCGGCUGUGGCAGCGACACAGAGACCCUCAAGGUACCCACCUGCUGCCUGGCCAGAGGUCCCCCCAGCCUGGGCCUUGCCCCCAAGAGGACAUCGCCAACUUCCAGGUGCUGGUGAAGAUCCUGCCCGUUAUGGUGACCCUGGUACCCUACUGGAUGGUGUACUUCCAGAUGCAGUCCACCUAUGUCCUGCAAGGCCUUCACCUCCACAUCCCGAACAUUUUCCCAGCCAACCCUGCCAACAGCUCCCUGACCCUGCGAUCCUGGGGCGACAACUACACGAUCCCAGAAGCCUGGCUCCUCCUGGCCAAUGUAUUGGUGGUGCUGAUUCUGGUCCCUCUGAAGGACCACUUGAUCGACCCUUUACUGUCACGAUGCAAGCUGCUUCCCUCAGCUCUGCAGAAGAUGGCGCUAGGAAUGUUCUUUGGUUUCACCUCUGUCAUUGCAGCAGGAGUCCUGGAGAUGGAGCGUUUACACUAUAUCCACCACAACGAGACCGUGACCCAGCAGAUUGGGAAGGACCUGUACUAUGCAGCGCCACUGACCAUCUGGUGGCAGGUCCCUCAGUACCUGCUCAUUGGGAUCAGUGAGAUUUUUGCCAGCAUCCCAGGCCUGGAGUUUGCCUACUCAGAAGCCCCGCGCUCCAUGCAGGGCGCCAUCAUGGGCAUCUUCUUCUGCCUGUCGGGCGUGGGCUCGCUGUUGGGCUCCAGCCUCGUGGCACUGCUGUCCUUGCCGGGGGGCUGGCUGCACUGCCCCGAGGACUUUGGGAACAUCAACAACUGUCGGAUGGACCUCUACUUCUUCCUGCUGGCAGGGAUUCAGGCCGUCACGGUCCUCCUGUUCGUCUGGAUUGCGGGUCGCUACGAGAGGGGGUCCCAGGGCCUGGCCUCCCGCAGUGGUCCCAGCAGGGACAGGGACUGAGAGCUCCCCACACCCAGCUUCUCGUCCCUGGACACGGACAGCAGCAGGCUCGGCGGCGGUUUCCUUCUCAGUUUAUUCUGUACCCAACAUUAGAAUGCAAUGGUUCCCAUAAAUAAGGGGCACAGCCCUUCCUCACGA